GCGACUUAUUGUCUCGGCGGAUGAAUGGGUUUCAGAUCGCGGACCCUCCGCCGGGCGCCUGUGCUGUCGAGCGGUCAAGACAGAAGACGCGACGAGGAGGACGCCUGCUAGUUCUGAGUCCGACAAAAUCUCCUCGCUGGGCGGGCUGCACAUCCUCGCUACGCUGCCUGCUGCCCCCGUUGGCCACUCCAUCAUUAUCUCCGCGAAUCGGAAUAGGGCUUGUCUGGCUUUCCCCGAGAAGCACGGGCCGAUCUAGAUCACAUACGCUCACCACCCAGCGCGCGCGAACAUAAAGCCACCCAUCCAAACUGCACAUCUACAUACGCAACACCGACACACCCCAGCACCGCUCUCAUGUCAAACAACGAGAGUGACAGCAGCACCAGCCAGGCUUCGGGCUCGAAGACGAAACCCCGGGCCCCUGCGAGACCUCGCGGUGCCUGCAUGCACUGCAAAUCGCUCAAGAUCCGCUGCGACAUCAUUCCAGACGAAGAUAUCUGCGUCCGAUGCAAAGCCAACGACUUUGACUGUGUCUCCUACGGCCGCAAGAAGCGGCGUCCAGCACCAGCACACGAAGAGCUGCAACAACGCGCGUGCUCGCAAGAUGUCCAGAUACAGGCACUCCUCCGCAAGCUCGACGAGAUAAAGUCGCUCACCAAGAUCCGCUAUUGGAUCGCGCAGGCGCAGCAGGAGACGGAGGCUCUCCAGACAGGGGCGCGAGGGUGUCUGUCUCCGAAAGUGAGUGGGUGGGUGGCGAGUGGGGACUGCGAGCCCAAGGUGAACGGGUGGGUGCCGCGCGCAGAGAAGGACAUACCCAUGAGCGUACCGAGGCCGUUGACCCCUGUGCCGUCGGCCACAAAUCCGAAGUGGCCACCCAUCCUGAGGUGUGGGCUGUUUGGCCCGCAAGAGGUCACAGACCUGUUCAAACUGUUCUACUGCAAGCUCCAUCCAUCCUUCACUGUCCUGGAUCCCGCCCUCCAUACGCCCCAAUACCUCAUCUCCACAUCCACCCUUCUCUUCACCAAAGUACUCUCCAUCACCUCCCGCUAUUGGACGCACCGCCCAAAGCUCCACCAGCUCGCAGCGACGUACGCACAUGAAGCAGCGACGGAGGCCAUCCGCGAAGGCCACUACACCAUCGAGACCUGCCAAGCGUUCACCCUCUCCACCGGCUUCCCCGCGCCCCGCCAGCGCUUCUCAGAACACCGCGCAUGGCUGCUAACGGGGAUAUCCAUCCAGAUCCUGCAGGCCCUGAAGCUGAACGCGCCCCCGCCGGCGGACCUCCCCGAGCGCGAGCGGCUGAACCGCAUCCGGACGUGGUUCCAGGUGGUGUGCAUCGACGCGUCGUCGUCCGUGCAGCAGGGCAAGGCGCCGGUGCUGCAGGGCUCGGACUACGUCGCGCGCGCGCUCCCGGCGUGGUACCGCUGCUCGCCGCUGAACUCGCCGUACGACGUGUACCUGUGCGCGUUCACGGACCUCGCGCUCCUCGUCGCGAAGCUCUGGAAGGCGAUCGGCGCGGACAGCUGCGACCCGGAUCUCGUCCAGGACGUCGAUGUGAUCGCGACCGUGCUGGAGUACCACCAGAGGAUCGUCGUGAAGUUUGCGGAGUGGAGGGAGAGGGAGGCGGAGCGCUCGCAGGAUCCGUCGGCUACUGCGCAGCCUCAGCAUGAAAUGCGGUUGAAACUGAUCGCGAACGCGAUGAAGCUCAUCGUCCUCGGCGCUGGCUUCCACUAUUCUGUCAGGCACGGGCAGGAGCCCCAUCCUGAGAUCCUGCGCCUGUCAAUCGAGACCGCGCUGACGUGUGUGCGCGUACACAUCGAAGAACUGUAUCCCGCGGGUGUCCUCGGGACCCUCAUCGAGCCGCACUUCCUCUACGUGACAUACGCCGCAGCCUUCCUCGUCAACCUUGCCCAGCUCCUCAAGGCAAACUACACCCCCCUGCUCGACCCCGUAACUCGUACAACCAUCCUCAAGGAAGUGCGCGCGCUCAUCGGGGUCUAUCUCUCCAAGGAUGUCGCGCUCGACCGCGCGCACCCGCCCGCCGUCUACGGGCGCUUCCUCGCCGCGCACCUCGACCGCAUUGUCGACGGGCAGGAGCUCGCGCGCACGCCGCAGCUGGGGCCCGAGGACAUCCCGCUCCCGCCGGACAUGUGGGACCUCCCCGGGAUGCCGCUCGAGCUGGGCGGCGGCGCGCAGCACCCGAUGCCCCUCGUGGACGGCGGCGCGGGCGGCGACCUCUGGCAGGGCGCGGACUUCUGCUUCGAGAACUUCGUGACGGACGUGAACGCGCUGGGCCCUGUGCCGGAGGCGUGCGGCGAGCCGGGCGGGCUUGGGCUUGGGCUCGUGCCGGCGCUGGCGGGGAACCCGCUCGACGAGCAGACGUGGUGGGCCUCCUCCGCCCCGUGCCCGCCCCUGUUCGACCAGUCCGCGCUCGACUUGGCGACGUUUGCGAUGGACGAGGCGUAUUUGCAGAUGGGGUGGUGAUGCGGAUGUGCUGUGUGGAACUUACUCGCGUGUAUUUGUUAAUGUGUAGCAUACUAAUCUUCGUUGUCGUCGGGCUCGCUGUAUUACGCUACUCCAUCCCGAGUCUAUAGCCAUAAUAUUGCCUGAAACA